CACCACCUCCUCACCAAAUCGCUCCUACCGGGGCAGAUGGUGUUGGUGUCGAGGCGCAGCAGCCAGACGAGAGGAGACAGCCGUGGUGCGCAGAGGAAAUGAAGCGGCGGCUGCCUAAGAAGUAUAUCCUCGUCAUCCUCGGCUACUCCGUGGUCCUGCUCCUCAUCCCCUACGUGUUGGACUACAGCAGCAAGUCGGCUCAGGUGCGGCAUGGAGCUCGGGAGCAGCAGCGGCAGCGGUGUCCGGAUCUGGAGAACACCAUGGCGCUGUGGAACGCGACCCAGCCCGUGGAGGAGAGCGCAGGAACCAGGAACCGCAACAAAACGCACAUCUAUCUCCACACCACAUGGAGAACGGGCUCGUCCUUCCUAGGGGAGCUGUUUAACCAGCACCCGGACGUGUUCUACCUGUACGAGCCGAUGUGGAACAUGUGGCAGGCGCUGUAUCCGGGCGACGCGGGGAGUCUGCAGGGCGCAGCGCGGGACAUGAUGAACUCUCUGUUCCGCUGCGACUUUUCCGUGCUCAGGCUGUACGCCGGCUCGGCCAACAUCAGCACCUCGUUGAUCUUCGGCUGGAAGACUAACAAGGUGAUCUGCUCGCAGCCUCUGUGCGCGGCGUACACGAAACAGCAAGUGGGACUCAUCCAAGGCGACGUGUGCGCCAAGUGCGCGCCCAGAGACAUCCGAGAGCUGGAGACGGAGUGCAAAAAAUACCCCGUGGUGGUCAUUAAGGAUGUCAGAGUGUUAGACCUGGGAGUGCUGGUGCCUCUGGUGCGAGACCCGACACUCAAUUUACAGAUCAUCCAGCUGUUCAGGGACCCCCGAGCCGUGCACAACUCCAGGCUGAAGUCCAAGCUGGCGCUGGUGCGAGAAAGCAUCCAGGUUCUCCGGAGCAAGAAGCAGAGUGACAAGUACAAGCGUCUGCUGUCACCCGGGAACAGGGUGAACCGCGCUGAGAGCUACGUCUCCGGCGCCAUGGAGCUCAUCUGCGACAACUGGCUCAGUGACAUGCUCCUGGUGAACGCUGCACCUCCGUGGCUCAAGCGCAACUACCUGCGGAUCCGCUACGAGGACCUGGUGCUGCAUCCCAUCAGCGAGCUGCACCGACUCUACCGCUUCGCCUACCUGAGCACGUCUCCCGAGCUGGAGAGGUUCGUGAUGAACAUGACACGGGGACAGGGAUACUCCUCAGACCGGCCUUUCCUCAUCUCCGCCAGGGACGCCAAGGAAGCCAUAUUCGCCUGGAGAGAGAGGCUGAGCGUGGAGCAGGUGGGCCAGGUGGAGGCUUACUGCAGCGAGGUGAUGCGCCACCUGGGCUACGAGAAGAGGAACCUGGAGCAGAACUACAGAGCCUAAAGAGAAGAAGGAGGACUUUGAGAGGAAAGAACAGGCCGAUGUGAAGCUACAGCGAGGGGCGGGAACACCGUCCGUCGCUGCUCAGUGGAGGAUCGAGAGUAGGAACGGUUCCAGUCCGACGUCAGACGCUCCACAGCCGAGCGAGUCUGAAUCCGAGUCCGACGCCCAAUAAAAACACGGAGGCUUCUGAGGACACCGAUUAGAACCUGGAGGAGAUUAAACACUAACUGUGAGAUCGAGGCUGAGACGCCUGGGAGCUGGCCGUGUGUGGAUUGGCGGCCAUGUUUGAUCAGCGAUAAUCCUCCCGUUCCCUUAAGCAGCUACAGGACAUGGAGCUUAGAGCUCUGGGCUUCAUUGUGUGUGUGUGUGUGUGUGUGUGUGUGUGUGUGUGUGUGUGUGUGUGUGACCUGCGAUAUGAUGACUGAAGCACCGUUUCGCUGUCACACUUUAUCUUUCACAUCCACGAGGACUGGAAAGUUUGCUAAACACCAUAUUCUUUCAGAAAGGUCCUGAAUAGGGACGUUUAUAAACACUCAAUAAUGCAGCGUAGGCAUUUCGUUCACGUCUCAGACGGCGCACGGCGGUGUAUCACGAGAGAGACGGGUAGCGCCUCUCGGCACGGGUCGAUCAGACGUCUGAACGUUCGGUAACACUAUACUGAAGAGCGGCGUUCAUAAGGUUACACGAAACCUACAUAAGGGCGCGUAAGUCAGACGGCUCUUCCGGCAUCGACACCCACGUGGCUUAUCGCAAUUCGCAUCGGCCGUCGUUAAGACGACCCUGGGCAAAAUAUACGCAACUUUGUUACGACCGUUUGGCGACAUAGCGUCAUGCGUAUUCAUAAAACUGUUAUAAGCGGGAACGUGAAGCAUGCAUUACGCAUAAGGGCGACAGGAAGUGUACAGGACAGUACAUAGCUCAAUCAUGCCAUGGUCAUAGGUGUUCAGAAACUCUCGGACAGAACAAUAAGCAGCUUAAGGGCUAGAGAACGUAUACGUAACUCUGUCAUAGGUGCUCAUAAAGAUGUUAUAAGCAGAAAUAUGGAACUUUACUUACGGGCUAGGUAAAAUAAGCAUAGCUUUGUCGUGACGUGUUCAUAAGUGUUCAUAAGAAAUAAAUGAGAUAUAUCUAUGUAGCACUGCUGUUAUGGUGUCAUGACCUGCCUGUAGCUGUUCAUAAAACGCUUAUAAGCAAAAAUACGGACUAGCCCGGUCCUGAAGUGUUAAAAGGUGUUCAUAAAGACAGAAAUAUGAAACUCAACUGACUUACAAUACAGUAUAUAAAGCUCUACCACGCCAUGAUCGUAGCUAUUCAGAACAAUGUUACGAGACAGAACGAAACAGACGGAAUGAACUGUAAAGUCUUGAAGAUGCACAGCGGCGUCAUCACAGUGUCACGAAUCAUUCCGCGGCGUGUCUCGCGACCUCAUGUCACCUGACACGCGGGGGACGUCAAGUCAACCGGACAGAAAACCCCACGAGCGCCUCACGAGCGCCGCUCCCAGGUAAGAGGUUAUCGAAAUCGCCGCGACGACAGUAUUCCAGCGUUAGAAAACAAACGUCGUCGUCUGGUAACGAAGCGACAGGAACUACGUCCGGUCGAGGCGACGAACCGGCUCUGUGAACAAAAUCGGAUAUUUAUGAACACGUUUUGUAAAUAAAGAGUGUUUUUCUUUUGUAGUAAACAUUGUCUCUGUUUUUAUUCAGUAACAAAGCAGUUCCCUCAUAUUCGAUAUACAGAUACAGAUCGAUAUAUUGCUGCUGUAAACCAGCUGAGUUUAGUUGAAUACACUGAUAUAUGAUUUGAAAUGUACAGUUGUCUUUAAUGCAUACACACUUUUUUCUUUUUUUUUUUUCUUUUUUUAAAUGUCAGACAGGCUCGAGAGCAUUUUCACACGUAAUAAGG